AUGGAUUACAAUGUGCGAAACAUGGCUUACCUUAAACUGCCUUCCAGAGUGCCAACAGUACUGGUUGACAAUUAUAAGGCUGUGGGAAACCAAUUCACAUUGAAUCAAGUGAACCUUGAAGAUAUUGAUUCCUACUCAAAAGGAGAACAUUUGAAGACCACGAGGCUCCUUACAAUGGAGGAACUCGAAGAAGCAUUGGCAGUCACAUCUCAGAAUGCUGUUGGUUAA